AUGAACAAUCACUCCACCUCUCAAAUGUACUUCUGUCCGCCUUCCCCCCUCCCCGAUUUAGGUUUACGGCGAUAGCCUUCGAUCCGCCGGGCUGCGGUUUGAGCACUCCCCCCGUCCGCGAUUGGAGUGAUCCCGAGGUUCUGCUGCAGGAUGCCAGAGUUGGCGUGCAUUUGAUGCGCCAGCUGGGUCAUCUGCCCUUCUUCUGCAUGGGCUGGUCAGAGGGCGCUCAGUCAGCCAUCCGAGCAGCAUCGGAGUUGAAUAUGGACGGUCAGUCACAUUUUGAGUGGCUCAUUCUGCUGGUGGCGCAUUUGCUUAUUUGUUCUAGAAUGCGCAUAUUGUGGACACUGUCAAAUGGCCAGUUGCCUGGCCUCAUGAUUUGAUUACCUGUACUCCUUAGACACCCACACGCACAUAGCGCGGUGAAUGCAACCAAACUAGUUCAAAUUUACCUCUGACUACUGGGAAAGCCUGAAAGGACACAUCAAGAAACAGCCCUUUCAGCCUGACCUUCCGUUCUGGGAAGGACCGAGAUGCGCCGUCAAGCUACCACACCUAGUUCGUCAUGGCACAGUUAAGUGUGCCAGUCUUAUUUUAGUUAGGAAUGCUCCAGUGUCAACACCAGUCCGUCUGUUUUACCUACUCGGUCAGUAUUCCAAAUACCUCCACAAAUUAGCACAUUUUAAGGGAUGUCUCCCGUCUACCGAUUUUUCACUUCAAUCGGUCACUGAAUGCCCUCCUAGACAAUUAAUUUUGCCUGAACAUGAAAGCGCAAUGAUGGGCAAUGCUAACAUUAUUAUUAUUUCGUGUGUGUGUGAUCAGCGUGCUACUGCCAAGUCUUUUCCAUUUGCCACCUGCUUAUUGUACGCCGACAUACGAAGGAAGCUUAAUUCAUGCAUUCAGGCUCGAUUGAGGGCCUGGUGGUCUGGGAGCUGGAGGAAGAUAUUGGCGCAUGGGACGGAUCGGGGAAUGGUGGUCAGAUUAUGGGAGGCACCCCCGGUUCGGUGGACUUCUUGCCAGACAGCCGUCGUCUUCCGCUGCAGGCUGUCUAUGGUAGAGCCUACAUGCGGGAUAGUUGGCCUGCCUACGUUGAGACGAAAGAGAUGCGACGUAUGGGUCCUGCCGAUCUCCGCUGCCUGCCGCAGCGUCUCCUGCGGAUGCCCCUACUGCACAUUGCAUCCCGGCACUCUGAGGCAAGGCGAUACCAGAAUGCCAACAGCCAAUCAACUGAAUCAGCUCUCCUCGCCUGUUCGGGCUGCUGUUCAACCCUCUGGCCCGCCAGGUCUGACGCGGAUCAGAAGGCUGGCUGGCAGCUGCCACACAAGUUGCAUGCUGAUUUCUUUCAGUCCUCUGUCGAAAACUUUAUUCUUAAAUCUAUUCACUAA